GACAGUCAAUGGCAAGAUCAGUACUGGGAUGACUGGUCCUGGUAUGAGUCCGAGGAGUCCUAUGAUGGAAAGGAUGGGAAGUCCGGAAAGGAUGGACAAUCCCAGCUUGCCGAAGCCUCUUCUAGCAGUGUUACUGCUGCUACGACCUUCUACGCCGAGUACAUCAAUCCCUUGAACUUUUCUUUCAUGGCCACCGAGGACAAGAAGGAGGAAGCCUUCAUCUCUCAGCCCUUAACGCCGACCGCGAUGGUGUUGGAUUUGGGAUGCACGAGAGCUAUGGCUUCCCGGGUGGCCGCGACGUUCUGCGAUGACAACCCGAACUGUGGCAUUUGGUACACCAUAGCUGAGACCACAUCUCAGUUUACCUUUGCCAACUCCGAGUCGACCAAGUGCAAGCAGAAGCUGAUCAUUUGCAUGUACGACCGAGAGUACGCAGUUCAGUCUACCGAAUUUGACAUUGUGGAGCAGGGACACGUUCCGAUCCUGAUGUCCUUGCCCCAGAUGCGCAACUUGAGGUUCCAGUUUGAGCUCCAUCCGGAUAAGGCCUUGCUAAGCAGUCCUAUACUGGGCGUUUGGGAUGUGAAGCUUAAGGUUGCACCUAGCUCACACCUGGUACUUGAUCUCCUUGACCUCAGUCGCUUGAUGUGGAAUGUACGUUUCGACAAACACAAGAAGUCUAGCUUCCUCACCUACUUCUGCCAUUACGAGUAUGGAUUCCAUCAAAAGACGCUGGGAGGCUCUUCACUGGAAGAGGAACCCAAGGAUUUCGUCUUUGCGACGGACGAUGAGUGGGUGAUUGACGAAGCCAGCAUGGAGUUGAUUCGUCUCCACAAGAAGGUAAGGAGAACAAGGUACGAGCCCAAAGAAGGAGCAGUGCCAAUUCCUUUGGAGUACCUGGACAACAAGCGCAAGACGAUCACGGAGUUCUCCAAGGGAAAGAACGUUGCUCAUGAAGAUGACUGGCGUUCUCCUGAGCCUCCUACUUCAAAGGUUACCGAGCCUUGGAAGGGUAGGUUGGAUCUCCUGAUGAAGAACUUAGCAAAGGUAAGCCUGAAGACAGCUCAGAGAGAGCAGGAGCAUCCGGAAUCUCUCCACCAGGAAAGGUCGCUGGUGCUCCCCUUGCUCCUGAAGAUGAUCCGGAUCUUCAAGAGUGCGAGGAUUGCGCUUCCAUUGCCUGGUCAGGAGGUCUCAAGGGCCUCUCCCCAGUAUCAGCGUAUGUUGGAAAAGCUGAACAACGAUGUCGAGCUUUACAAGUUGCAUGUGAAGCACUACCACAUGAGCUCGGCACAGUUUCGGCGCAGGACCAGCAUGCUUGGGCUGCCAGGUGAGAUCUACGACAAGUACGACAGAAUUGUCAAGGGCUGUCGUGUUUGCAGCACUUCCGUGCCUACGCCUCCGCGAGCCAGAAUCGCAGGUUUACGAGCAUCAUCAUUCGGUGAUCUAAUCUUCGUGGAUCACGAAGAGAUCAAGUUUGGUACUAAGGCAUAUCUUGCCUUGGUUAUCAUUGAUGGUGCCUCGAAUCUCCUGUGGGUUACGGCUCUCACUAGUUUGGAAGCGCCUGAGACUCUGGGUGCAUUCCGUCAAUGGACAGAGGAGAACAACUGCAUUCCUAAGGGAAUCGUAGGUGAUCAAGCAUUUUUCGCACCACCGUUCAUGUCCUAUUACAAGUUCCAUGGCAUCACUCCGUAUCCUUGUGGACCUCGGACUCCUUGGCCUAAUCGUGCCGAGACCGCUGUGCGUUUGUUCAAGCGUACUUGGUCCAUCAUGGCUAAGGCUUUGGCCGAUGAAGGGUAUGCAGAGAGGGUUACCGUCCGUCAGGCAGUGAAGAAGGUGGCCUGGGCAAGGAAUUGCCAACUGACCGUUUCAGGCUAUUCUCCGUUGGAGAUAGCCACAGGACGGCGGCCACCAGAUCUGUUUGAUGUUGAGACGAGUACGCCCGAACAGCUCUCUGCUAAUCCACCAGAGGAGGAUCGAACCACUCUCGAUCUUCAGAGGAUUGCCAUGCGUGCUCAUCAAGAAGCCCGGCAGUCGAUUGACCUUCGGAAGGGUCUGGCAAGACGUGUCAUGCCAUCAGAUGGUCCUUACCAGAAGGGAGAUCGUGUGUUUGUCUGGCAUAAGGAUGAAUCGAAGAAGAAGUCCGAAGGUGUUUGGGUCAGAGGAACUGUCAUAUCUCAAGAAGGCGCCAUGGUGUUGGUUGAAGUUCAUCGUGCGGUAUUGCGAGUCAAUCAGUCGAAGGUUCGCCGUGAUGGUGAUCCAUGGCAUGAUGUGGCAAUUCCUCUUAAGCCUGCCGAACCGCGAAGCUCUUCUGCGGAAGAGGUACGCGAUGAUGCUCCGAGACGCUCCUCUCAGGAGGAGGCACUCGAGAGAAUCGGAGAUAGGCUUUUGGAACAAGUAAGUUCAAGGUUCUGUUAUGAACAUGAGAUUUGCUUCCAUUCUCUCACUUCUGGCAAGAGCGAUUUCGUUGAGAUCACGCCACAUCUUACGGGUCUUACUGCGUGUACCUGUCAUUCUGGAUUGGUGGCGAGUGAACCUGUUUUGUUUGGUGAAUGGUCUGUCAAGAAGAUUCAUUCUUCGAUUGAGUCAGCAUGGCAGGUGAUCUUAGCGGCAGAGCCGAAUCACAUUAUCAUUCAUCCUGUCAUUCCUGCACAGUGGACAAAGAAAGCAGCCAAUGCCUUCUGGCAUUUCUGCGCUGAAGUGAGUCGCUGGCAGGAUGACAGAGGUGAUGGGUACUUCGUGACCAUCAUGUACCCUGCUCAUUCUGGGUUUUGGCUCUCUCAGAGCAGCCGCUCUUUGAAGUGGAGAAGCAGCAUGACCUUUUGCACUUUCAAGAACAAGGGGGAACAGCAACAUGGGGAGAUAUCCUUUCUCACCAACACGCCUGAUGGAUCUUUGGAUCGAUUGGAAUCGCUUGCAGAAGGCUAUUCGUCGGAAGAGAUCCUGGAUCCUCGCUUUGCUGUUCUUUUAUCUCAAUGUUUGUUAAGCAACCACAGGUCCGAUCUUCGGCAAGGUUUCUUGUUUGAGGAUAUCUUUGAAGACUUUGAAGAUGGAACUCUUUGUGCUUUAUGUCUGCGAUCAGAACGUAACUCAGAGGCAUUACCGGUUCUUCCCUCAUCUGAAGAGUAUUCAAUGCUCUCCAACAAUUCAAGAGGGAGGUUGCCGAAGCCUUUGCAGUUUGUCGCACCGCAGCGUUUCGUGACAUCGUCAUUGGUUCAAGCCCUGUCUUACAUUGACAACCUUCUACCGGGCACGGAGUUGGAGAUACACACUACCACAUCUGCCGAGGCAGCUGCCUUGAGACCGUUGAUCAAGAAUGUGCGAGUGUUGACUCUACCGUACCUGGAGUUUGAGUUUUGCAAUGUUUACAGGGGGACACGGGGUAAGACUCUUCCAUUGAUUCAUCGACACCCUGACGCUGUCGUGUUGCUGUGGUGUAAAGGUGAUCAUGAUCAUGUCUUCUUUGUGACAAUGGCACAAUUGCUUCCAUGUCUUCAGGAUAUGAAUCUUACUGAUUGGUCCAUGGUUGUUUUCUGGAAUGAGUCUAAGGGCUCUGGUUCCAAGAAGGGGCCUGAUGUCGGGCUGGAUUUCACGGACCAGCCUGCUCCAUCGCCCUCUGUGCCGCCGCAACCACCGGCUGCACCAGGCGAUGACGUGGACUAUCCAGGUUAUGAUGAUCCACAGGUUGACAUGCCUGUGGAUGACGAGGAUAUGCCUUUUCAGAAUUCGGCUCCCGUGCCGGUACCUGGUGGUGACGAAGAUGCAGACCUGGAUAUGCCUUAUGAUCCGGAUGAAGAUGGUGGACAUCCGCCAGGAGGCGGUCCGCAGGGACCGGGACCUGGCUAUGGGCCGUCUCCGGACGAGCCAGCCCUUCCUAUGGAGUACCACGAAGAGUCGCCUCCUUCUGGAGGUCCUCCUGACGCUCCUGGGGCUCCGCCGCCGUACGCCAAUCCGGAGUGCUUAGUCCGCCUAUGCCGUGGCCGGCACCACCUUCACAGAUUGAAUGUGUCACAGACCCGUGCUCGUGGCCGACAUCCGGAAGAUACGUCCAAGGCUGGUGAGGAUACGGAUUCGGACGCAACUGUUGACUAUCGUGAGGAUUCCUUGCUUGCCUUGGUUGCUGGUGACGAUGUUCCUUCGCUUGUUCCUCUGGACGGCGAUGGGUUUGCGUCAUGGUUGACCAAGCAGGAUAAGAUCAAGGCGGGUACUAUUACUCCGGAGAUGCAGCGCAAGUAUGCGAAGGAAGUUCGUGCUGCUAAGCUGGAGGAGUUCAAGAGUUACUUGGACAAUGAUGCCAUCCGGCUUACUGACCGUCGCAAGUUGGGUCGUGACGUCAAUUUUCUCACCGGGCGUUGGGUCCUCACUGUGAAGGUUGAUAAGAACGGUUACUUUUCCAAGUUCAAGGCCCGCUGGGUUUGUCGUGGUUUCCAGGAUAAGUUUGCCUGGGACCAGCAAACGGACAGCCCUACGGCUACUCGGUAUGGUUUCCGUUUGGUUGCGCAGUGUGCGGCCAAUCAUUUCUGGGACCUUUUGCACUUGGAUCUCAAGACUGCUUUCCUUCAGGGGGAACACUACAAUCUGUCAUCUCGCAUGGUUGUGGUUCAAUUGCCCCAAGAUAUCGGUUUGCCGACAUGGAUGGUCGGACUGUGCCUUCGGCCAGUCUAUGGUCUGAACGAUGCACCGCGCAGGUGGUGGAACCGUUUAGACAAAUUCCUCCGAUCUAUUGGUAUGGAACCGACACGAGCUGACCGAUGCACUUAUGUCGCAUACGACGGCAUCGAAGGCAAAAAGAGCAAAAGCUACCUUUCGGCAGAAGGCUCCUCUCAGGAGGAGGAAUCUGAACCAGGAAGCACCUCUCCGGAGGCGGAACCUGGAUACCUCAAGGAGCUACCUCUUCAUGCCAUGUCAUGCUACGCAUAUGGUGAAGGAAAUCAUUCUACCUCCGACCGUGCGGAGGAGAGAUCCUAUCUCUCAUGUCCCGAUCUUGCUCAGUGCUUCAACACCGAAACCAAGAAGGUGGUUGACUAUGCAUGGAGACCUGUCACUGAUGCCAAGCUUCUGGGUUUCUUAGGUAGUGUUGCAUGCAAGAAGAGAGGAUGGUCCCCUUCCGAGAACGGGCAUGCUCUCGUUUCUCACAGGGCCAAGGCUCUCCGUACUCCUGCACCUGUUUAUCAGGUAAAGGACUAUCCAUAUCGUGUCUCUAUGAUUCUUCGGAAGGGCACUUGGUGGAUUGUUGAGCGUGCACACGACAUGAGGCUUGAUAAGGACAACAAGACUUGCUUCCUCGAGGAAGAAGCUGAAGUUCUUGUGUCUCUAUUCCUGCCAGAGAAGGCCUCCUAUCAGGUAGAGAGUCUUUCCGAACUCUCGCCUGAGUUGGUUGACCAGCUUCUUGAGCACUUCGUUGAACAUUUCACUGUUGGCCAUGAGGACAAGAACGACCUUGCGUUCACGGGACAGCGUGUUCGUUGGGUCCUUGAUGCACAAGGAUCUGCUCCGAUGGAUGUCGACAGCUCUUCACAGGAAGAGGCAUCGGCACCGCAGGUAUACUGGACGCCAAACCUUGGUUGCAACCUGCGGGUGGACCUUAUCACUGGUGUUCCCGAGUACGGCAACUACCUGAAGAGCGCAUCCUGGAUUACCCGUCGCGCACUCCGAACAGUUGGAGAUGGCGGCGUGGUAGUUUAUGCCAAGCGACGUUCCCGAGUCUUUCCGGAGAGCGCACCGGUGGCUUCCCUCAAGGUCAAGCCCGAGGAUGUUCCACGACAUCCUGGACACCAGGACGUUACAGCAUACUUCCCACAUAGGGAGAAAGCUGUGACUAAGCUCCUGGAGGGACAGUUGGCUUUUCUGUCCCACGUCAGGCUUUACGAGGAGAACCACCCUGGGACUCACAUCCUCCAGCAGAACCUCGUUUGGAAGUACGAGUUCCUCAGACAUUUCCUCGGCUGCCUCGAUGAGGCAGAGCUGGCAACGGUUACGGCUGAGAUUCGUGAAGUGUCCAAUCUCAGUUACAACCACGGCAGCUGGGCAGUGAAAAUGUCAAAGUCGCUGUCUCGGAUUCUUCGACAUGGCGAUCGCACUGUCCUGGGGAAAUACAUGGAGUGCAGUCUGGAGGGACUUCUGCGUACCAAUGUUAAGCCUUACGACUGGCACCCCAGGAAGUUCUUCAGCUUCCUGAUGGCCAACUCGAAAGGUCGCUUUAACAUCUGGGUUGCUCCUGUGGCACUGACUUUUGGUCGCUUCCUCGACUGGGACUUCCAUAUCGGUGUCAGCGCCAUACAGGGGCACAGCAGAGUCCCGGAUCAGGUGUCAGACAUCUCCAAGGGUGAGAGACUGUCAAUCGAGCGGUGUCGCAAGCUGGGCAUGAUCUUUCAUGCCUCGGACAACGCCAACUAUGAGGGUAUCCGUGAGAAGGGCCUCGUCUUGGAGGCAACUCGAACAUACAUCAGGUAUGGGCCGUAUAUCUUUUACUGCAAUCUCGACUACGAAAGCUACCUCAAUCACGGCCACGAACUGUAUCUCACAGACAAUGGCGUGGUUCUGGCGUAUGAGAGUAUUGGCUGGAUGUCUCAUCCUCUUUCCGGCUAUUCUCUCCACUUCUUUCUGAAGGCCUUUGAACUCGGCAAGUUGCAGGGCUAUAAGUCGCCCUAUGAGAAGUACCCCAACAAGCAUAUUGGUGGCCUUCCCAGAAUGAUUGACGACCUCACCGAGGCACACGAGGCUUUCAACUUUGAAAGGGACGUGUACCAAGAGAUCGCUCAUGUCAGGGACGACUUCUCUUUGAUGGUGUCAAUCGUCGCCGAGUCCUACGGGCAAGAGUUCUUCUCCUACAUACAGAAGAACUCUCAGAACGAGGAGAAAGAAGAGAAAGACUUUAAGUCUCGCUUCGUGCGGAAGGCUAAGUCUGAUCUUCGCGCCUAUCUGGACAUCAAGGCCAAGCGGGAAGCAGAACUAGAGGAGCUCUACACGCGACCCUACGAGGACAUCGCCGUGGAGGAGUUUCUCGAAAAGCUUCCUGGUCCGCAGGUGGAGGAGAUCCUCGAGCCCGAGGUGGACAUUUCGAUGGAAACCUCCGACGCCACUGCAGAGACAGCGCACCCGCCACAGGGCGAGACGGCUGACUCAGCAGAGGUGGAGACACCCGAUGUGCCCAUGCAGACCGAAGCUCCGGAAGGCUCUCCACAGGGAGAGGGAUCUGGAGUAAAGGCUGAGGACACCGAAGGCUCUCCACUGGGAGAGAAAUUGGAGUCCAAGGACGAGCACAUGGAUGCCAAGGAGGAGGUCAACGACGAUGUGGCGGAUAAGGAAGGCUCUCCACUGGGAGAGGAAUCCAUGCCUGACAUUUCUCCCAAUGACGAUGAUGAUGAAGAGAUACUUUAUGAUCAAGGUAUUUGGGGGAAGUGUAAGACCGUCGCUGACCCGGAGGCCGCGAAAGCCACGAAGGAUGCAGAGGCCCAAAACGAGGACGCUUUCGACAACCUCGAAAAGUCCAGCGAUAAAAAGGGUCUCGUGGAUACCGCCGAGUACCAGGAGUUCAUCAAGGAUGGCUACAGACUCGAGCGGAAAAGCCCUUUGGUCCUGCUAAAGGACCAAAAGAAUGGCUACGGCUAUACCGGCUUUUUCCACACAGGCAUCCGCGACAUCGAGGUCGAUCCCGUGGGCUUCUUCAAGGUGCAACACAUGGGUUGGCGUGUGGCAGCUCCGCCGCAUGCUUACCAAAAGUUCCACCUUCCCGAGACCGCGCUCUUCCAGCAGGUCUGCAAGAUGUUGCCCAUCUACGAUCGUCGUCCUGAACGUCUGGACUAUGUGUUCAGAACAGGCGAUGUCCGCAGUACACUUGACGAUCGGCUUAUGGCCAAGGCAUCGGAUGUACGAGCGGCGGCGUUGGAAGUUCACGACAACCUUCUCCAGAAGGUGAAAGAGCUUCAUGAGGCCGGAAGACCAGCCACCCGGGAAGAGCUGCUCAAUGCCAUGUUGCAUCUCUUCUUAAGUGCUGGCGUGAAUGAGGAAGAG